CACAAUCCGCCAGGAGGAUCCCAAAUCCUUUCAGAGCCACUGGUGGCCGAAUAAAUCUGUGUCUAAGCCCCGGUGUCACUUUCUCCUUAUUGGGGGGAGAUAAGAAGAUAAGGCUGGGGGGCCCUUCCUCCCUAUAUAGGAGAUAAACACCGGACCCUCCAUUGCUAUUUACUGUCUGGGAACCUGACGUGGGUGGGGGGAUGCAUUGUGGCUGUACCCCGAGUUCCUACUGGCUGCCAGGCCUGGCCUUUCCAGACUGGGCGUACAAGGCGGAGUCAAGUCCUGGCUCCCGACAGAUUCAGCUAUGGCAUUUUAUCUUGGAACUGCUGCAGAAGGAGGAAUUUCGGCACGUUAUUGCCUGGCAGCAAGGGGAAUAUGGAGAGUUUGUGAUCAAGGACCCGGAUGAAGUAGCCAGGCUGUGGGGCCGGCACAAAUGCAAACCUCAGAUGAACUAUGACAAGCUGAGCCGAGCGCUAAGGUACUACUACAAUAAGCGGAUCCUGCACAAGACCAAAGGCAAGAGAUUCACCUAUAAAUUCAACUUCAGCAAGUUAAUCUUUGUCAACUACCCCGUGUGGGACGUGCGCUGCCCUCCCCAGCCUGUUCUAAUGGGGAGCAAUGUCUGUCGCUCGCCUGUAGUGCCCCCUGGUGUGCAGAGAGAGGUCCUACAGAACACCUUCCUGGCCCACAAGCUGCUGGCCAACCCGCUGACGUGCCGCAGAAUGAUCCCCAGCCUGAUGGAUUAUGAGAGGUGUCUAGAGAAAAAGUCACCAAGCAUUGGGCGCUGCAGUCCUGCCACAUGUUUGUUGGGCCCCUACUGCCAUUUUGGCCUGAAUGAUGGAACCCUCUACUCCCCAUCGACCCCUACAGAGCUACGUUCCACUGGCUUCAGCGCUUCUACCAGUAGAUCUCUCUGUUCUUCCUCUCCAGUCGCUCUCCAGGGCACCUCUGAUUGGCCGUUGUGCCCGGGUCGCCUGUUCCACCGCGGCCAGUCAUUCUUAUCCAUGGAGGAGAGAAUCCAGACUCUCGGUCAACGACUUCCCGGAGGCUCGUUCCCUGCCCAUUGGCUGGGGCAGCCCAAAGAAAGUCUAACUUUCCUUCCUCCACCCACAGAAAUUAAAGGGCAACUAGAUAUCUGCCAGGUGGCCUCGGCUGUGAAACCUGACCCAGAGGUAGAACUAAGGUCCCUGGAGCAAGACAACGUCUUUCUGGAUUUUCAUGGAAAAAAUAAGGUCCUUGUUGGGCCACAUGGGAACCAGAGCACCCACAGUAAGCCCAUAGUCUGCACCCACACCACACGUCUCCCCACAGUCAGCCCCAACUGGUUGGUUAAACCAACAUAGCUCUUGGCCUAGUCAAACAGCACCCCCUAGUGUUCAUUAAUAUGUAUAGACUGUAUGUACUGUGUGUUCCUAUGAUGCCGCCAUGACAUUCCCUUUCCAGUGAUGCCAAGAGAUGUUUGCUCGGUGCCCUCAAUAACAAUAAAGCUUAUUUUGUCUUCUGUCUAA